AUGUACACACGGCAACGUAAUUCUGAACAAACAUCAGCGACUGGAGCGGAUAUUUCGGCUGAAGAGAUGUCAAGCGAGAGUUCUGUUGAUGAGCCUGUGCAAAUUGAGACAAAAGAUGUGCCUGCUUCUGCGAGAAAACUUGAUUUGGAAAGUUCCAGUGAGGAUGAAAUAGAACUACCAGAAAGCACCGAAGGUUUUCGUUUUGUUGACAUUGCUAUACUAGCAGAAAUAAUGGAGACGUUUUGGUGUCCUGAAUGUCGAAGUGGCAAUAUAAUUAUGAAGGAGAAACUGGAAGGUAAAAAAGGAUUUGCAUCACAGAUGAUCCUUGAAUGUUCAGCUCGGAAUUGUAAGUACUUGAGGAGUUUUUAUACAUCAAAAACUGUGUGUAAUGGUAAAGCUUUUGAGGUAAAUCGUAGAGCUGUGUUGGCUGGAUGA